CGCAACAAGAUGGCACCGACGGCGGGGACGAUUCUUCGUCUAAAGAAGGCAGGCGUCAAGCCCAAGAAGAAGACACAGUCGCUCAAGAACAAGCUGCGCAAUCUUGAGCGCCUUCUAAAGAAGGACACGCUGCCCGACGACAUUCGCUCGGCCAAGACGGAGGAGCUCGCCGAGCUCCAAGCGCAGGUGGAUGCAAAACUACAGCAAGAGACUGAGCGCGAAAUCUCGCUCAAGUACAGAAAAGUCAAGUUCUUCGACCGGCGACGCAUCAUGCGCACGUUGAAAAAGCUCAAGGCGCAGAUUACGGCUACCCCAACCAAGGCGUUGGAGGAUGCUUACGAGGCUGCGAAGAAAGACAUGAUGUACAUCUUUUACUACCCCAAGGGCGAGAAAUACAUCAACCUCUUCGCUGAGAAGACCAAAAAGCAACUUUCGGACGACGAACUUGCUCGGCAAAAUGAGUUGAAGGAGGCGGCGAUCAAAGCGUACGAGGCACAGAAGUCACACGCCGAUUUCGACAACUACUGCUUCUGCGACGCAAACGAGCCCACGGUGGCUGAAUCCGACGAUGAAAACACCAAGGAUGACGACAAAGAUGAUGACACAGCCGGUUCCAAGAAGACGAAGCAGCCGAAGCGCAAGCUGGCUGAAGCCAAGAAUAAGAGCAAGCGCCGCAAGCAGCACGAAACCAACGUCCAGGUUGUUGCCGACACUGAGGGUAACGUGGCCACAGGCGAUGACGAUGAUUUCUUCAUGUAAAUGACAUCGCCCAAUUCUACUGCAUUGCCCUUGAAAAGAAAGUACCGUUAGCACUCCUUCGUACCGGCAAGGUUUAUUAUGGCCUUGGUACCAGCAACGCGA